CAAAGUUAAAUUAUCCAACAGUUGUGAAUCCGGUUGCUUUUCGCAUGUUGCCAUUAAAUCCCAAAGAGGAUGUGCCAAUGUAUUAUCAGAUGGCAACGAUAGGUGCCUGGAUCGCCACUGCAGUCCUUAAAAGUUUCAAUUUUCCCAACAUUAGCAAAGACAGUUGCAUAAUCCCAAGCGAAUUUUGGAAAUACAAUGUGAAGUUGUACUCUGAUAACGUUGCAAAAUGUACUGAAUUUCAAUUUAACGAGUACAUAAGCAUCUUUGACAUUAAGGAUGCCAAAACUCAAUCAGCAUUCGGCUAUGAGAAUAUAUUCGACAUUAUUGGCCCCAGACUGGCGUUCAAUGCUUAUCAAUUAUAUUUCACACCAGAGCCAGUUGACAACUUAGACCUUACUGCAGAGCAAGCUUUUUGGCUAAUUAUGACCUCGCACAGGUGCGACUCUAACAGAAACCUCAAUACUGACUAUUUGAGCACCAAUUUCAGCGUCGUAGGACCCGCUUUCACCUCAAAAGAAUUUGAUUUGGUUUUUCAGUGCAAUAAAUAUUCCAACAUGUUCUCGGGCGCUAUAUGUUUAAUGUUCCGGAUUUAGAGUUGGACCUUUCGUGUAAGUUAUUGCGACAAAUCUAUUUACGUGUAACUUAGUCUUGCUUAUGCAAUUGUUUUAUGAGUUUACCUUGUUUUAUUCGAGACGAAUAAAAAUGAAAUGCUCAAUAUAUCUCGCACACCGCUGAAUAAAAUUUUAGUAUGUAGAGCUUACCGAUUUACCUUUGAUUGUCAAAGACAAUCUUCGUUGCAACAGCGAUGGUGAGCUCUGAUUCUUGUUUUAACAGCCGAUUGUGAGAAAAUCAUCCAUUUAGCUUUACUCAUUUUUACCUAUGUCAUCGCAAUAUGUAUGUUUAUUGUUCUAAUUUUAGAGUUGGAGUUUUUGUGUAAUUCAUUGCGAGAAAACGAUCUACAUGUAAGUUAGCGUUACGUAUGUAAAUGUUUUAUGAGUUUCACAUUUAUUUAAUAAAUCCAAAGUUGAGUGAA